GGCGCAUGCGCAGAUUGGGGAAAGUGCUGGAAGACAGCGGAGCUGCCGCCAUUUUGCGGGAAGAGGAGCCGCGUCUGCUGCUGUGCUGCUUUUCCUGCAGAGACUAGGAAAUAGCUGAGCUUCGCACCCCGCAGCACACCCAAAGGAACGGAUAAAACCGGGAUUCCCCCCCAGUGGGGACCCGGAACUGAUUUCACACAAUGGCGUCCGAUGACUUUGAUAUAGUAAUUGAGGCCAUGCUGGAAGCUCCCUAUAAAAAAGAAGAGGAUGAGCAGCAAAGGAAAGAGGUUAAAAAGGACAGUCCCAGCAAUACCACCAACAGCACCAGCGGCACCAGCAACAGUGGCAGUGCUACCAUUGGGAGCAGCACCACUGGGGAGACAAGCAAGAAGAAGAGGAGUCGUAGCCAUAGUAGAAGCAGGGACAGAAAGCGCAGUCGAGACCGGGAUCGGCAUAGACGCAGAAAUAGUCGGAGCAGAAGUCGGGGUCGGCAACAUCGUCAUCGCAGCCGGAGCUGGGAUCGUCGGCAUAGUAGUGAGUCACGAAGUCGGGACCGAGACCGGCGUCACGAGGAUCAUGUGCACUACAGGAGUCCUCCACUUGCUGCUGGGCGUAUAUAUGGACAUAGUAAGAGUCCUCAUUUCAGAGACAAGAGCCCAGUCAGGGAACCAAUUGAUAAUCUGAGUCCUGAGGAGCGUGAUGCCCGCACAGUUUUCUGUAUGCAGUUAGCUGCCCGCAUUCGACCUCGAGACCUGGAGGACUUUUUCUCUGCUGUUGGCAAGGUUCGUGAUGUGCGUAUCAUCUCAGAUCGGAAUUCACGUCGUUCUAAGGGCAUUGCCUAUGUAGAAUUCUGUGAAAUCCAAUCUGUGCCACUGGCCAUUGGGCUGACUGGACAGCACCUGCUGGGAGUACCUAUUAUUGUACAGGCUUCACAGGCUGAGAAAAACCGACUGGCUGCCAUGGCCAACAACCUGCAGAAGGGCAGUGGUGGACCAAUGCGCCUCUUCGUGGGCUCCCUGCACUUCAAUAUCACCGAAGACAUGCUCCGGGGCAUCUUUGAGCCCUUUGGCAAAAUAGAUAAUAUUGUUCUAAUGAAGGACUCAGAUACAGGCCGCUCUAAAGGUUAUGGUUUCAUUACGUUCUCUGACUCUGAGUGUGCCCGGCGGGCCCUGGAACAGUUGAAUGGCUUUGAGCUUGCGGGUCGGCCUAUGAAGGUUGGCCAGGUGACUGAGCGACUGGAUGGUGGCACAGACAUCACUUUUCCUGAUGGGGACCAGGAGCUGGAUCUGGGAUCAACAGGUGGACGUUUGCAGCUCAUGGCUAAAUUGGCAGAAGGUUCUGGAAUCCAGCUACCAACUGCUGCUCCCACUGCUGCUCAAGCUGCUGCCCUGCAACUGAAUGGAGCAGUUCCUUUGGGGGCCCUGAACCCAGCAGCUCUGACUGCUCUGAGUCCAGCCCUAAACCUCGCUUCCCAGGCAAUCGCCUCCCAGUGCUUCCAGCUCUCCAGCCUCUUUACCCCCCAGACCAUGUAAAUCAGUGGCGCAACACACUGGCUCCCUGUGCCUCUGAGUCCUGUCACUCCCUUCUCCACAUCUACUCUUCCACGGCCCAUCUCUCCAUUUUGUGGACCAAGCCAUCCUGAGGGCAUGGAUAUUAACUCUGAGGGAACUGGGGGCACCCUUAGAUACCAAGAAGAUCUCCUGUCCGUGGCCCCACUGGAAAUGGAUUCUGCUGAGCACAGCCCCCAGUGGAAAAGAAUAGAAUCUACUAUACCUACACUGAAUACCUAUUUCUUCAUGUGUACCAUCUCUGAGAUGACUUUUCUUGCCCUUUGCAACCACUUCUUAGUGAUUCCUCCCCCAUUGAGAUUACCAUAGGGCAUUAACUGAAAGAACUAAGUUUUCCUUUUUCUAUACCUUUACCCUAAAAUCUGUUGAAAAUUCUUAGGACCUCAGAAUCAAGAGGAUUUUAGAGUUCAGAGGGUGGACCUUAAAGGUGCUGGCUUUCUGCUACAAGGGCCCUCAAAGAGAGUGUGGACAUGUGCAUUGUGAAGCCUUCUUUAGGCCUCAGCUUGGUAUAGCGUAAGGCCAGAAACUACUGUAGGCUCAGCAUUUUGCUGGGAGGCUUGGGAGUGUUGUAUCCUGACUUGCAUUUUGGAUACCUUAGGGGCUUUCGGAAGUUUAGUAAAAGGUGGGGUACCUUUCCAGUACCUUCCAACUUCCUUUGUAUACUUGGACUUUUUCCCAGGUUGUCCUCUGGCCCUGUGUGGGAGGAUAGAGGGAGGCUGCUCCUCUCUACCACUUCCUGUGUGCCUGUACUGUGGCCUCAACCCUGGUGGUUAAAGCUGCUCCCAUCCUUAGGUGGCACCUGUGGCUCAAGGAGUAGGGCGCCGGCCCCAUAUACCAGAGAUGGCGGAUUCAAACCCGGACCCGGCCAAAAACUGGAAAAAACAAAAACAAAAAACUGCUCCCAUCCCCUUCCUGGGCAUGUGUGAGCCCUUCUCACUGGAUUUUAUACCCUUGUGUCUGUGUACAUAAAAAAACAGAGAGUAUAUAUGUAUAUAUAUAAACUUUAUACAAAAA